AUGGUCCAAAAAUAAGGAGCGACUAUGUCCUUCUCCCAGUUCGGAUACCCCUACAGCACCACUUCACAGUUCUUCGUGUCCGGCAGCCCCAGCACGACCUGCUGCGAGGCUGCGCCCCGCUCCGCGCCGGAUGCCUCCUCGGCGCCGGCCUCCGCCUCCCUCUGCUGCGCCUCGUACGAGAGCCGGCUGCUGCCGCCGGGCCGCACCGAGCUCAAUGCGGCGCUGGGCAUGUACGGUGCCCCGAUCGCCGCCGGCAAGGGCUACGGCAGCUACCUGCCCUACGGCACCGAGCCCGCCGCGCUCUACUCCGCGCUGAACCCCCAGUAUGAAAUCAAAGACGGCGCCGGCACGUUGCACUUGGGAAUCGCGCAGCCCGCUGCCUACUACUCCUAUGAUCAUUCCUUGGGGCAGUACCAGUACGACAGGUACGGGACAAUAGAUUUCAGUGGCUCAGCCAGACGCAAAAACGCAACGCGAGAGACGACGAGCACCCUCAAGACCUGGCUGUACGAGCACCGGAAAAACCCCUACCCCACCAAAGGAGAGAAAAUCAUGCUGGCCAUCAUCACCAAAAUGACCCCGACCCAAGUGUCCACUUGGUUUGCUAACGCCAGACGGAGGCUCAAGAAAGAAAACAAAAUGACCUGGUCUCCCAAGAACAAAGCGGGGGAAGAGAGGAAAGAACCAACCCCGCGGGAAGAGGAGUACGGCGCGGAGGACGAAGACAGAGAGCAGAAGAGCUGCAAGGAGGACAAGGAGCUGCGGUUCCGUGACCUGGAGGAGGAGGAAGAGGAGGAGGCGGAGAAGCCGGAGAAGGGCCUGGCCAGCUCCCUGCAGGAAGCCCCCAGCCUCGGCGCGGCACUGCCCGAGGUUCCACGGAGCGACUGCAGCCUGCCCGGCCCCUUCCGCGCCUUCCCCUGCGCCAAGACCCCCGCCGCGGACUUGCCGCCGCCGCCCUACGCGCCCACGGAGAAGCCGCGCAUCUGGUCGCUGGCGCGCACAGCCGGGGCCAGCGCGGCGCGCAGGGGCAGCCCCGAGGGCCGCGGCGCGGAGGGGGAGCAGGCCCUGCCCACCAAGGCCUUCUGGAGCUCCGCUUUCAACCUGAAGCCGCUCCCGCGGAGCUGCGCGCCCCACCGCGGCCUGGGGGAGCCGUGCCAGUACGCGGCGGCGGGCGAAGGCUUCGGGCGGGGCGCCAAGGGCGGCCCGGGAGGCGCCGAGCUGGGCGGGCCGUGCCUGGACAGGCUGCGGACGGAGUACCGGCCGGUGCUGCGGCGGGCCGCCCGCCCUUUCCUGAGCGCUGGCGACGGGGCUCCGGCUGCAGCGAGACUCUCGGCUUAA